AAUCUUUUUGCUAGUCGGCGAUUUCUGCGCGCGCAUGUUCACAUUAAUUUAAUUCCGUGAAUAUUUCGAAAGUAAAUUAGUGAUAAUAUUAAUACAAUGGCUUCGACUGCGAAGCAAGAAGUUAACGGCGAGAAUAGACCGUGUCUCGCAGGAGCGUGUAAAAAAUCAAAAAUGGAAAAUAAAGUGACUGUAGUACUUGGUGCACAAUGGGGAGACGAGGGCAAAGGAAAAGUGGUGGAUCUUCUUGCUGUAGACUCGGACAUCGUGUGCCGCUGCCAGGGCGGCAACAACGCUGGCCACACAGUCGUUGUAGAAGGCAAGGAGUUCGAUUUCCACCUCCUACCAAGCGGCAUCAUCAAUCCGAAAUGCACAUCAGUUAUUGGCAAUGGUGUGGUCGUGCACUUACCGGGCCUCUUCGAGGAAUUAAAAAAGAACGAGACCAAAGGCAUGCGGGACUGGGAAGGGCGGUUGUUUGUCUCCGAUCGCGCACAUAUAGUACUGGACUUACACCAGCAGGUUGAUGGUCUACAAGAAGCGGAGAAGGGCAAAAAUUCACUCGGUACGACAAAGAAGGGCAUCGGCCCGACCUACUCGUCCAAGGCGUCGAGAAACGGCCUGCGGAUCGGAGACCUGCUGGGAGACUUCGCGCUCUUCGAGGAAAAAUUCCGCACGAUAGCUGCAUCAUACAAGCGGAUGUUCCCCGCCCUGGAGGUAGACAUCGAUGCCCAACUGGCGCAAUACCGAGAGUACGCGGCCAAAGUGCGGCCUCUAGUGAAGGACACCGUGGCUUAUCUGCACCGAUCGCUGCGUGAAGGACGGAAGAUCCUAGUCGAGGGCGCUAAUGCCGCUAUGUUGGAUAUUGACUUUGGCACAUAUCCCUACGUAACUUCCUCAAACUGCAGUAUCGGCGGUGUAUGCACAGGCCUGGGUCUUCCUCCGAGCGUCAUCGGCAAUGUACUGGGCGUCGUCAAGGCUUACACCACCCGCGUUGGUGACGGGCCCUUCCCUACAGAGUUACAUGAUGACGUCGGUCGGUUGCUGCAAGAGCGUGGCCACGAAGUAGGCGUGACGACGAAGCGCGUGCGGCGCUGCGGCUGGCUCGACCUCGUCGUCGUCCAGUACACCGCCAUGGUCAACGGGUACACCUCAUUGUGUCUAACAAAGCUAGACAUCCUGGACACGCUUGAAGAGAUAAAGAUCGGCGUCGCGUACAGGCUCCACGGCAAGAAGAUCGACUACUUCCCGUCUUCGAUGACGGAGUUGAGUAAAGUUGAGGUGGACUACAUAACGCUGCCUGGCUGGGCGUGCAGUAUUGAGGCCGUGCGGGAGUUCAAAGACCUGCCCGAGAAGGCGCGCGCUUACGUCCGCAAAAUCGCGGAAUUCCUUCAGAUACCUGUACAAUACAUCGGCGUGGGACAGGGCCGGGAAAGCAUCAUCCGGAUAGAUUAACGCUGGUCUCCACCUCUCGUUAGUACUUAGUGUCAUUUACAUUCACACUAAUUAAUUAAUUAUACAUAAGGUUAUACCUUAUACCUUUACCGUUAUAUAAAUGUGACGUCUAUAGGUUUAAAAUGGCUCAUUUAUGGUUGAAAAAGACAAUAGAAUAGCUAAUCCAGAACAGGAACAAAAUAUGCUAAAAAGCGUACACCCAUAUUAAAGGCCGGCAACGCACUUCUAACACCUCUGGUGUUUCGGGUGUCAAUGGGCGGCAGUGAUCGCUUACCAUCAGGCGACCUGUUUGCUCGUUUGCCUCCUAUCCCAUAAAAAAAAAGCUAACCCUUUGACCAGCCAGUUGGCCAUAAAAUUAACCAUAAUACAUUAUCUACUAAGUAUUAAUGACUAAUUUGUACCUAAAAAUGAUAUUGCGAUGGUCUUUUAAAUCUAUAGACGUUUUUAGACAUAUUUUUAGACAGGAGUAAAAAAUAGGGCUACUGUAGAUUUUUCAAUACAAUAAACUUUCGCUUCGAAUAGUCUUGUGACAGUUUUGAAAAAACUGGUAGUAAUGUUUUUACCACUCAAUAUACUAGACAACUGAAUAUAAAUACGAACUGUCAUAGAGAUUAUCAUUUGGCAUGCGGGGUAUAAAAAUCUUAACUUAUAAUAUACAAGGUCAAUUCACAACUGGCACGAAUGAGUGAAUGAAAAAUAAAGGUGGCUCUUGACAGUUUCAACUGUAUUAGGGCUACUUGCACCACCGAAAAUGGAGAGUUAACCUAGGUUAACCCUUCGUCUGUGUCUGUCACAAAAUUGUCAUAUAAUAUUUAACUUUGACAUAAUUUUUUUAAAGUCCAACGCCACAUGUUAGGAUCCUUAUCAAACACAGACGAAGGGUUAACCCUCCAUUUUAUAUGGAAAUUGACAGUUGACAGCCCACUAACCUUGAGUUAAGCGGGUGGUGGAAGUGGCCCUUAGCAUAUACAGGUGUCACUCAUACAAAGUUCAUUCCAUUCGUGAAACGACCUGUAAAGUACGGUAUUCUAGUAGCUCUUACGCAGAAACUGAAACUUAUGGAGGGUGCCGACUUCGUCAGUUAGAAUCAGUAUUGUUGAGACAUGUGGUAUAGGUACUUGACUGCAAAGUUUCGGAAAUAUCGACAGUAUGUUUCGGUAGCAUGACAUAAAAGCGUCAGAAAUAAAUCAUAAGACACUAUAACAAUGUAUUUCGUUAUUUUAUCUUGCCAACACUAACAUCAGGGGCCAUCGAAAGGUACAAGCCUUGUAUUACAAGUGCGCGAACUGUCAAAUCGUAUGGGCUGUCAUGGAAAUACACUUGUAAUACAAGGCGUGUACCUUUCGAGAAACGGGCCACAGGUCGUGGUUUUCGCUUUACAGUCGCGUGUAUCGAUGAAUAGUGUUGUUAUCGGUAAUUGAUUUGUAUUAUUUCUCGCGAAAUAUUAUUUUAUACUUCCUGUUGUAUGUUACAGUGUUUUGAGUGCUUUUAAUAAUGUGUUGUGUCAAUUUUACAGUUUCUGUAGCUGCCUGUACAAACAAUGAACCACACUAUAACAUACAGCGUCGAUGCUUAUACGGUGCUUAGUACAAAUAAAUGUGUCACACGUGCCAAGCGAAACAAGUUCAAUUUCCAUGGUAGACUAAAAUCGAUUCGUAAACCAAUAUCGCUAGUAUAAAUGUAUCUGUCUACUGGAAGAUGGAACAUUUUUGCCACUCGAUGUUCGCCGCGAUUAUAAAUAAAGUUCUCAUUGUCGCUUUUGCCAUUUGCUAGAAGAAUGUUGACAGUUUUUCCUUAUAAAGAUACUAGCAGGUUUCGUCCUUAUCGCUUACAACUUGAACCAUUUGCCUGAAAAGUCACAUAAGGGUUCGUGUGACACAAAUUCCUCUAGGAGCAAUAAUUAAAUAGGUAUAUAGAUUAACAAUUACAUCCUUCAUAAGUUAAAGCAAUCCAAGAACACCAAUGUUAGGCAAAUAUUCAUAGUAUUAUAAGAUACCAAGGCUUAUUUUCUAGAUUAAAUAUAAUCUAAACAUGUUGUCGUUUUUACUAGCAAUACGCUAUAAUACAAGUAUGCAUCUCAUCAGUUAAUUGUAAAAAUGAUUUCAUUUGAAAGUGAACAUAGCGCGCAGAAGCUAAAAGUAAGUAGGUAAAUCAUUGAGUUUUCCUGUUUAUAAAACAUGUAUAAAGCAAAAUGUGUUUGCCAUAGGCGAUAAUUUUAACAUUGCAGUUGUGAACUAAGAGUAGCUGCCAUUUUAGGCCUAUCCUCAGAGAGUACUUAAUUUUUCUACAUUAUUCAAGACCAUGCGUCAAUUGAAGAUAUGGAAACUAUACAUAAUGUUGCCACAUAAAAUUUGUCUUUAUUAUUGAAGAAGCACAAAUGGAUUUAACUGUUAAAUUCAACGAGUUUUAUAAAAUGUUGAAUGUUUUUUGACUACUUUUACCAUUAUUUAUGACUAUGUUUUGCGUGCCGCUGCCCAAGGGGCGACUUUUUGCUAACACUAGUUUUAAUAUUCGACUAGGUAUAGGAAAUUUGCAGCUUUCCGUUAUAGAUGCGUACUCCAAGUGCAGAAAUUCUGACAAGAGGCCCUUCUCUGAUAGAAAGCUACAAAUUCAAGCCACUAGCCUUAAUUGAGUCUAUUAAACGUGGUAUGUAUGUA